AAAGAAAAAGAGCGAGAAACGGAGAAAGAAAGGGAUCUGGGCUGCAGUUUGGUUUAGAUCUGAGCAGAGACGCAGGAGCGCUUUUCAGUCCGGAUUGAUCCCCUUCGAGUAGUUUCAGCUCGCAUGGAUGUUUGCUGGGAUUUAACGAGAAAGAAGUGCACUGACUUCUCGAGAAGACAGCAAGGAUCCUGACUUCUGGUGCAUUUUUUUUGGGAUUAAAUCGCAUUGAAGUAGACUACCUCAUGCUCUACGUGCCGGUAUAGAAAGUAGAUCUGAGGUUGUUAAAAGUCGAGAACUGUUUCGGGCUGACCAUCUUGGGUUAAAGGCUACUGGCUUGGAUUAUGUUACUGAGCAUAUUAUGUUAUGUUAUCAUGUAUUCUACUUGUUUUUUUCGUUCGUGACAAACAGAUAAACAGUCCAUUCCGCAGUGAUCCUGGAUAAGAAAGCCACAGUUCCACCCGCUUGAUUAUUUACAGUAUAAUCGGAUGAAUGCAUGCAUAUCGGUCGUAAUGCUGCAGCGCAUUUUUUGCGGGGUUUUGUUGUUAUAGAUGCAACAAAAUAGCCUUUAGUCUAAUGUUGCGGUUUUGCCACCAGUGCUCAUCGUUUGGCUGUGCAUGCUUUGCACGGCAUUUCACCCUCAUUGAUGUUUUGCAAAGACCUUAGAAGUAUCUGUAGUAUACCCGUACAAGAAUAAAAACCCCUUCUAGAUAUUCAAGUUGUCGUAUGUUCAGGACGAAACGCUCAGGUCUUGUGCGACGACUCUGGAGAAGUCGUUUGAUCCCAGAUAAAGAAGGGGAAGAUGGAAAUGGCAAAACUAGUGAGGGAUGUAGGGGCGAUCUGUUCUGCAGCAACCCAGAGAAAAUUCCCAAAACGGAGUUCAGACCGAUGACCCCGAGCGGGUCUCUUGUAGGGAACGUAGGGGGUGUGUGCCCCGUGGAAAGCAGCGGCUUGGGGGUCACGUCGGACCAAGAUGGGGGUGCUGUAUGCGUCCAGGGGAGCCCCCGCUCCAUACAGGACAGUGAGUGCAGGACAGUGACGUGCUGCUUAUUUAAAGACCGGGACCACUCAGAACUUAGGGGUCCAGAGACGGCUCAGGGUACCAGUGAUCCAGGAUCGUGUCACUUCAUGCUGAGGAGCCUUGGACCAGGAGACAGCAGUUCUCCUGAGGCGCAGGAGACGAUGCCACGUACGGUGUUAGAGCAGGAACUGAAAUCAGCCACAUACUCCCUUUUAAAAAGGCUGAAGGAAAAGGCGCUGGAUACCUUACUGGAGGCAGUGGAGUCCAGAGGAGGGAUGCCGAGCGACUGUGUUAUGAUUUCCAGGACAGAGUUGAGGAUUGGCGGACAUGUGGCAUCCCCACAGCUGCUUGUGUGUAAAGUGUACCGCUGGUCUGACCUCCAGCACACGGCCCAGCUCAAACCGCUCUGUGAGUGUAAGAGCUUUGGGACCCUUGACAGUCCAUCAGUAUGCUGUAACCCCUAUCACUACAGCCGGCUCUGUGGGCCAGAGUCACCUCCACCCCCAUAUUCAAGGCUUUCCCCUAAUGAAGACCACAAGCCACUGGAUCUGUCAGACUCCACCUUGUCAUACACUGAAACUGAGGCAGCCAGCUCACCAAACAUCACACCAGGGGAAUUUUCAGAUGCCAGCAUGUCACCUGAUGCCCCUAAGCAGAUCCACUGGUGUAAUGUGGCAUACUGGGAGCACCGCACCCGUGUGGGUCGCCUCUACACAGUGUAUGAGCACUCUGUCAGCAUCUUCUAUGAUCUACCUCAGGGCACAGGAUUCUGCCUGGGCCAGCUCAAUCUGGAUCACCGUAGCAGCACCGUUCAGCGCACACGUGGAAAGAUUGGCUACGGGAUUCUCCUCAGCAAAGAACCGGAUGGCGUUUGGGCGUACAACCGGAGCGAACACCCUAUAUUUGUCAACUCGCCAACGCUGGAUGUGCCUAACAGCAGAACUCUGGUUGUGCGUAAGGUGAUGCCAGGAUACUCUAUCAAGGUGUUUGACUAUGAGCGCUCAUGCCUCCUGAGGCACACCACAGAGGCUGACUUCCUGGAUGGACCCUAUGACCCCAACAGUGUGCGCAUCAGCUUUGCUAAGGGCUGGGGCCCCUGUUAUUCAAGACAGUUCAUCACCUCCUGCCCCUGCUGGCUGGAGAUUCUCCUCAACAACCAUAGAUAACACAAAUGGACCCCAUAAAAUAUCCCAAAUAUCAUCUACCUAGAUUUAAUAUAAAGUUUUAUAUAUUAUAUAAAAUAUAUAUUAUACUUGUAAAUACGGAGUCAUUUUUACAAUGUAAUUAUUUAUGUAUGGUGCAAUGUGUAUAUGGAGAGGAAAAAUAACGGAAAAUGCACUUUGGCUUAUAUAUAUAUAUAUAUAUAUAUAUAUAUAUAUGUAUAUAUAUGUAUAUAUAUAUAUAUAUAUAUAUAUAUAUAUAUAUAUAUAUAUAUAUAUAUAUAUAAUAAGGAUCUUUCAAUACCAACUUGAGAAAUUAUACAGCAAAAUUAGGGUGGGCCUGGAUUUGGUGUAUAGUUUUCAUAUACUAUUAAUAUCCAGACAAAAAGCUAACACCAUUCACACAUUGAUAAUAAAGUAUUCGCAUAAUAA